GUGACAAUGCUGGCCGCCCUGCAGGCGACUGGCUCCUGCUGCAGCCUGGCACCUAUGGCAAGAGCGAACCUAACUUUGCUACAGUGCUAUCUCGGCAUCCCGGGGGUCGUCGGCAUCGGGGUGCCGCUGAUCGGGACGCCCCAAAAUUACAGUGGACAGGGGCCGGCCAAGCUCUGACUCGGGAGGCACGAGAAUAGAGCAGCAUCUACCGGGCAGGCUCGAGGCACAACGAGUGCCGCCCAUCAAAAGGCCGAACUGAAUCGUUAUUCGCCGUUUCGACCUUUUGGCGUUCUGAUGGAAUGCCCCUAAAAUCACGUCCUAAUAGCGGACUCACGUGUCAGAUGAGGUGCAGGUGGCCAGUAAUGUCUCAGAAGCUUCUGAGCAGCUCGAAUCCCACUGUCAGUAAUAGCCUCAAUCUUUGUUGAACUAGCUAAGUAAUAAAGCUAGGGUCACGUGCUUGC